AUGCCCUUGUCAAAUCGCCGUCGCGCGCGGCGCAAGGAGCUUCAGCUGCAGGAAACGUCCGAUGCGGAAGCCCCAGACUCAUCGCCCACUCGUCCUUCUGCAAAGAAGCGCAAGGUUGAUCGCCGCGCCUCUCCCUCUCGAAGCGGCGUUAAGCACGAGUCCGGCGACGAAGCCGAGGACUCGGCCGGGGACCACGAUGCUUCUACCCAUCAGGAUACCGUCGAUCUAGUGAUCUCAUACUUGAACAUGCCCCGCGAAGAAUUGCGCGUUACCCGCGACCACUCCAACACAAAGACCGAGAACAAGCAGAGUAUUCAGGCCUACGCCAAGAUCGCCGGCCGCAACUGGACCUAUUACGUCAAAACGCUGCAUGUCAAUAUUGGCCGCGAACCGGACCGCGAGCAGAGAUCUAACGAACAGUCAAGUCCCGUCACGAUCGCUGCUCGUGCGCUCCCCGAUGUGCAUGUGGAUUUGGGCCCGAGCAAGUUUGUUUCGCGUCUACAUGCCGAAAUCUUCUAUGACGGGGAACAGACGCCUGCCUGGCACAUCCGGGUAAAUGGCCGCAACGGUGUCCGUCUGAACAAUGCGAUCCUGAAGCGUGGCGCUGAUGCGGUUCUUUCUUGCGGUGAUAUCAUCGAGGUGGCCAACUGCCAGAUGAUGUUUGUGACGCCCGGUGACGACGCCAAUAUCCACCCGGCCUUUAUCGAGCGUGCUCAGCGCAUUGCUAGCGGGCAGGAAAUCGACCCGGCUACUCAGGCUUGGGACGCUUCGCAACAUGCUCACCCCCAGGCGGUGCAGGCAACUGAGUCGGCGAGGCCUUCGUCUUCCGGUGGUCCCUCAUUGGCCCCUCCUCCGCCAUUCCUCAGUCGCAACGUCACGCCGCCUCCGCGCUCGCCCGAUACUGUUGGCCAGCGGACCGCUAAGCAGUCGCCGCUAUACAACCGCGGUAUGAUGAUGGAGAGCACCGAGGAGAUCGAUUACAGCAAGGAUGCGGCGAAGGAUUUGAAGCCGCCCUACAGCUAUGCCACGCUGAUUGCGCAGGCAAUAUUCUCCAGCGAAGAAGAGAAGCUUACCUUGAACAGCAUCUACAAUUGGAUCAUGGAACGAUACGCCUUCUAUCGACACUCGCAGAGCGGCUGGCAGAACUCUAUUCGUCACAACUUGUCUUUGAACAAGGCUUUCCAAAAAGUACCCCGCCGCACAGACGAGCCUGGAAAGGGCAUGAAGUGGCAGAUUGCAGCGGAACACCGCGAGGAAUAUCGCAAGAAGCAGAUGCGUAAAGGCACCCAAUCUUCUGCCCCCUCAUCACCUGCGACUAAAGAGCCGCCAUCCUCCGCUACGCGCGGUCAUCACGUCCCGUCUCUGGAUACUUCGUUCUCCGCCACGGCUAAAAAGUCCCCACCUGUUUCAUCUCCGGGAUUUAGCUCAUUUCCAGUGGCGCCGGUGGAGGCGUAUACCCCAGAGCGUGGGUCGCGCAUUGGUCGGGGCGUCGGCUCGGACCACCCUUUGCGACAUAUGAGCCCUCGGGACUACGAAGAGCCCUCUCCGCUUCCAGCUCGUGCGCAUAGCAACAUUGCCAGCUCUAGUCGGGCACAGAACAGCACCAAUAAUUUGAGCCGUGCAUACGGGCUCUCGGACAAUGUGGCCGGGUCACCACCAGUGCUCUCUUCAUCCUACUACGAUGAGGGUCCUUCAUCAAUGAUCACACCCGCACCACAACGCCAACAACCUCGACUCCCUCCUCCCAGCACCGCUCAGAUUCCAUCCAAGUUCAUGCCAAUGAGCUCACCUGCUCAAUUUUGGAAGUUUGCUGAUAUUGGAUCCACGCCGGCCCGUCAUGUCCCGGACAUGAGUCCGUUGAAGGGCGAGCCUGACGACCGCAUUAUCGGAGGGUUCCCCAGCAGUAGUCCACCACCGCCCAACCUCGCUAGUCCUAGCAAGCCUGGCACGUCCAAUGGCCUUGUGUCCAGCCGGACAUUACCGCCGCUCCAGUCUGAUGGCCCGGAUUUGGGGCCGAAUGUGGCGCGCAAGGAGGAGCAAAGAAUGGAGGAGGAUGAGGAGGAGGAAGGUAACGCAGGCUUUGAUCUGGCUCGUGGCUUCCAACCUAUUGGUUCCUACCAUCGACAGUUGAGCAAUGCUGCUCGAGCUACAGCCACCUAA